CUAUAGGUCGCGUAAACGAUAACAACAACAACGAUAUUGUCAUUGUUGUUGUUGUUGUUGUUGUUGUUGCUGUUGUCGUUUGCCUUUGCCGGCGCUCAUCGAUGAUGUCGGUUUACAGGUCAUCGACGCCGAUCACGACGUUCUACGGAAGCGAUUACCGGCCAGAUGACGAACCGUCGUCGGAAGCGGUUCUCGAGGAGAAAAGGAUUCUGGACCAUCAGCUCAGACGGCCUUCGCCAUCCCGGAGGACUCCUUCCACGAUGUCGGCGAUUCGGCCUCCGUCGACCACCAGACCGGGAACCAGCCAAUCGUUGCGGGUCCGGACGUCCGGAAGUUCGCCAAGAAGGAGCUUGCAACGUUCGACGGCUUUCAGGAGUAAACGAUCAAUAACCAUCACGGACCGGGGUCGGACGGCGUCAAUGCCUGCUGUGCCAGUCAUAAAGCCAAGUUUCGGUCACGUGUCCCGACCGGACGGACCCGUCUUGGAAGAAUACCGGCUGCGCAGUUUCUCGAUCACGGCCAGCGGUGUGUGUAACUUGGGCGACUUUGUACGUUAUGCGCCACCCAACAACGUCGUUGCAUCCAAUCAACGUCUGCCUGUUGCCAAACGAGACAGCUGCCCAGCGUCCGUGUCUGGAUCGCCAAUACACCAGAACGCCGCCGCCGCCGCCGCCGCACAUACAGUGUGCACAGAGUUUUCGCGGUUUCGAAAACCUAGCACUGCUCUGAUUAAUAAGUUCAAAGCCAACGAUACCGUAGAGUCGUAUAAAGUUGCAUUACUCGGAGCACCUGGUGUGGGGAAAACCACUAUAUCUGUUCAGUUCUCCACGUCGGAAUACAUAUGUGUGUACGAUACUUCUAUAGACGAAGACUGUGCCUGUAGGACAAUCAGAGUAAUGAUUAAUGGCCAAGAGGCUGAGUUGUCUAUCAUUGACAUACCAUACAAAGAGAUGUCGAUCGAAACUCUGUGCUCGACCUACAACCCAAAUGUGUUUAUAGUAAUGUAUUCUAUAGUGGACGAAAGGAGUUUCGACAUGGCCGAACAAAUGUUGCUAUUUUUGUGGAAAGGAGAAUACAUACACACGAGAGGGGUAAUACUGGUCGGAAAUAAGUCGGAUUUGGAGCGGACGAGGAGAAUACAAACAAGUGUCGGUCGAAACUUGGCAUACAGUUGGAACUGUAAAUUUAUCGAAACGUCAGGCGGUAUUGAUCACAACGUGGACAAAUUGCUGGUCGGCAUUUUGGCACAAAUCAAACUGAACCCGAUCAGGGAGAGGAUGUAUAACAGCAAGAGAAAAAAAUACAGCGUCACCAGGCUGUACAAGAACUUUUUGUCUGCCCUGAGGGGCGUCAAGUCCAGUGAGAAUUUAUUUAGUAUUUAAUAUUCGUUUUUUUUCUCGAAAAUAGCUGAUAAAUAUUUUAUUUUUUAUCAUCGCGCGUUUGUAAUGUUAUUUUUGGGACGACCAAUUAUUAUUAUUCAAUUAUUGUGUUACUUUUCGACGAGUACAAAAACAUAUUUUGAGUUUUAUAAUAUUUAUUAUCUAAAUACAUACAUAUUAAUAUAUUAUAUACAUAUUGAAAAAACUAUU